AUGGGAGACUUUAAUGAAAUAGUGCAUGUGGAUGAAAGGCAAGGUACUGAUUAUCUACCUAGGUCGGCGGAAGAAUUCAAGAGUUGGAUACAGAAUAUGGAUCUAGUGGAUCUGCCGCUCAUAGAUCGCAAGUUCACAUGGUUUCGAGGACGUUCUUGCAGUCGUAUAGAUAGAGCUUUGGUUAGCAUGGAGUGGUUAGAAGAGUUUCCUGAGACUAGGAUACGUGGUGGACCAAGGGGUUUGUCAGAUCACUGUCCUGUAAUCUUAGAGUACAUGAAGCAGAGGGGGGGUCCAAGGCCAUUCCGGAGUCUAGAUUCAUGGUUUACGAAUGAAGGCUUUCUCAGCUUGGUGAAGGAAGAGUGGAGAGGUUUGGGGGAGAUACAGUUCACAGACAAGUUGAAGGCUCUGACGAUUCCGUUAGGGAAUUGGCAUAAGGCUAUAUUUGGGGAUAUGGACAAGAAGAUUAUGAAGUUUGAGGAAGAAAUUAAGAAGAUUGAUGACCUGGUAAGCAAUGGGGUGUAUGAUGGAACGAUGGAGUCUAGAAGGAAGGCCCUGGUUACCUACUGUGAGAGGUGGUAUGUCAGAAAAGAAAUCCAUUGGAAACAGAUGUCUCGGCCUCGACAAGCAAAGGAGAUGGACAAAAAUACAAGAUACUUUCACAACAUAGCUUUAGCAAGAAGGAGGAAUAAUAGGAUUGACACACUUUUAAUCAACGGCAGGCUGGUCAGGAAUCAAGCUAGAAUAAAAAUUGCUAUCAAGGAAUACUAUAAUGAUUUAUAUCAUCAGGAUAAUUCUCCUAUGAUGGCCUUCAGAGAUGGUCUGUUAAGUAGGAUAGAGCAGGAAGACUCUGUAAAUUUAGAGGCGCUGCCGACAGCUGAGGAGAUCAGAGAAGCCAUGUGGGAUUGUGAGUCUUGUAAGGCACCAGGUUACGACGGGUGA